AUGCCAGGCGACGUGAGACUCGCUGAAGCAAUUCACGAGGUUGGACUUGAAGUGUUGAAACGACCAAACUUCCCACCAACGUAUGAAGGUCGCCGAGGGGCGACCUCGAACAUUGAUGUGACACUCAAGAGUGCACACGCGCUUCUCCGUGUGGAGAACUGGAAGGUAUGGUGGGGAAUGACACUAAGUGACCACAAUCUGAUCACAUUCACUAUAGGCUAUGAUGGGGAACCUCCUCAAGACCGAGUGAACGGCAUCGUCAAAUACAACUGGCGCAAGGCAGAUUGGCAUCGACUAAGAGGAAAUCUAGUGGUACCGGAUUGGCCAAUGGAUCGAGUUGUGGAUGUAGACAAAGCUGUAGAGGAUCUGACGGUGGCCAUACAGACAGCAGCAACGGGUGCAGUCCCGUUGGCCCAUACAGGGAAAACUCUUAGGGCGCCUUGGAACCUUGAGCUGCAGCGUCUCCGAUGCAAAUGCAGAAGGGCGCGGCGGUACGACCAGCGCAGCAUUGGUGAUCACAUGUGUGAAGCCAUGCUCGCGCAGUACAGGCAGGCAAAGGCGGUGUUUAAGCGGACACUGCACACGGUACGGACUGAGAGUUGGCAGACUUGCGUGCGAGACAGUCAGGCGACUGACCCCUGCAGCACGCCGUACAACAUUGCAGCGUCGAAGGUUUGGUCACCGACGGUCCUGUCGACCCUAAGGAAGAUCGAUGGCACCCACACCAGGGACUGGCAAGAGACAGCCGAACUCUUCAUGAGCACCUUAUUGCCCGAUGAUAGUAGCGAAGAUGAAGAGGAACACGGGAAUCUUAGGCGGCAACUCAACGAGGUGUACGCCGACAAGACGCCGGUUGCUCCAUUCACUGAAUGUGAAGUUACCGUUGCAUUAGAAAAAUACUUAAGUGGAGAGCCGUGGAACUCGUCAGAAAAAAGGGCUGGAAGGCCCCAUGACCCCGACAUGACUCCAGAGGCCAGCAGCAAUGAUUCGGAUGCUGACUCGUGGGUCGGCGACGACUAA